AUGGCACCUAAAACCUCUUCCAAGCACACUCGUUCCUCUGAGGGACAUCCAAGGAUCCUCUUACGCCAAAUUGGGUUGAAUGGCCCAUUAAAACUGGGGCCAAAUUUGUUAUCAAAGACGGCUUCGAAGAAAAUUCAGAAACGGAGUGGGCGGUCCAAGAAGCCAGAGGUCAUUAAGACCACCAUUGAUGGCGCAGUUUUUGAAUUCACCAUUCAUGACCUUGCCACGGCCUUGGAGUGUCCAUUGGUAUCUCCGGUGAAUGAACUGGACCAGCCUCUGUACGAUAACUCUCCAGCUGAGCUGAGAUUGUAUGAAAUUGUUGAGGAAAUUUGCCACAACAUGUAUAUCGGAUUUGGUGCUGGAAAAGUCCCUAAGACUGAAGCUAAAUGGAACACCGAAGAUUAUAAACUUAUCUCCUUGAAUGCCAAAGCCAAAGUCAAUCUUAAUUGUGCUAUAAGUCCUUGUGAAUAUAAUAGAAUCUCUACUUGUACCACAGCCAAAGAAAUCUGGGAUAAACUCCAGAUUACUUAUGAAGGGACAUCACAACACCUUGGCAGAACUAUAACUAAUUCUGAUCUUGCAAGGAAAAUUCUUAGAAGCUUACCUAAAAAAUGGGAUGCUAAGGCAAAUGCGAUUAAGGAAGCUCAUAACCUUAAUACACUUGAGUUGGAAGAACUUCUCGGUUCUCUUCUCACAUGGGAGAUCACUCUAAAAGAUAGAGAAGGAGAUCAUCAUCGAAAGAAAGAAAUUGCUCUAAAAGUCUCUCAAAUGGAAAAGGAAGUUUCCGGCAAUGAAAAUGAAAAUGAUGAUCUAGCUCUUAUCACGCAAUCCUUCAAAAGAUUUAUUCAUAGGAAGGAAUUCAACAAAGGAAGGUUCAAAAAGGGAGAAUCAUCUAAUGAGCAAGGCAAACGUGACUCCCCUACCUAUUUUCAUUGUGGAAAACCGGGACAUUUUAAAGCUGAUUACCAUGCCUAUAAAGAGGAAAAGAAAAAGAAAAGAGCAAUGCAAGCCACUUGGGAAGACGACGACUCAAAUGGAUCCGAAAGCGAUGAGGAAAAAGCCAUUUUUUAUCUCAUGGCAAGUAGGGAUGAGGUAAACUCUAAUUCUGACUCUUCUUCCAAAAAUGUAAUUGCUUAUGCUGAUUUAGUUGAUGCAUAUAAUGGAUUACUUGAUAGCUUUAAAGAAUUGCAUGAUGAAUUAGGUAAAAUGGUCAACAAAUGUGCUUCUCGAAGAAAAGAAAAACUUAUCUUUGAAAACAAACUUCAAACUCUUCUAAAUGAAAAUGAGUGCUUGAAAAAGGAAUGUAUUUCACUUAGAGAAACAGGAUCACCUGAACUCAUAUCUAAAAAUGAAUCCUUGAAGUUAAUCAUUGAAGACCAAAUUGAUAGUCUAGCAAAGUUCACUCAAGGUACCAAAAAUCUAGAACUUAUGCUAGGUGCUCAAAGAGGUGUCUUUAAUAAAAAUGGUUUAGGAUAUGACCCUUUUGACAAGAAAGCAUGUCUAUUGAAUGAAAGAGAGUCUUUGACUAACUAA